UGAGAAUGUCUUCUUGCGCCACAAAGUUUCAGAUUUUUCUUGGUAAUAAUUUAUUUCAGAAGCUUUGAUCACUUGUCGAUUGAUCUAAAAAUUUGGAGCAAUGGACGGAGAAUGUCUGUCUGUCACAGUCGUGGAAAAAGUCACGAAGAUUGAUACACUUGGAGGCUAUGUAUUCUUGGUCUUUCUUUUUUGUCUUAUCCUGGGAUUUAUUCUUGGUGUACUUCUGGCACGCUGGAUACGGCUGGAAUUGGAUGUACUUUGUUUCUUAGAAUUAGAGUGUAAGAAAUACGUUAUGAAUUAUGUAAAUAUGCUUUACAUACAUUUGUACAUGUAGCAGCUGAGCUAGUGAUUAAGCUUAAUACAAUCGAUGUGGAGUUUUUCAAGAAGCUUUCGAAAAUUUUACUUGAAUUUUCCUGUGGAUGAAAAACUCGAGCAAAAAACCCAAAGCCAUGAUAAUAGACUCAAAGUGUUGAAGAACAAAUUCCUUCUAGGCUUGCUGUAUUAGUCUCAGCUGGGACUAAUGGUACUCAGUGACUCUUUUGCCCUUCCAAAGAGGUAUCCCACAUUAAUAGACACCCCUGAGUGAUUUUAUUUUGUCUCCACGACGGUAUCAGAAAUAUUUCAAUUUUGGUACGAGUUUUUUGUCCAGACAUAACUGUCGAGUCCCUGCAGCAAGCUGUCCAUGAUGGCUGGCAGGUGUCUAUGCUGUGUGUGACAGGAUUUGUUUUCAGGUUCAUUUUUUAACAUCGGUUUAUUCUCAAUUUCCCCUCUCUCCUAGGGCUAGGAGACAAAGGAAAUUGAGAAUCAACUUAGGUUAAAUUACCAAAAUUAACCUGAAAUCAAAUUUAACCUUUAACAUCUACAAGGCACCUCUUGAAGUUGCUAAGGCUGGCAGAACCAACUUUCAAUCAUUCUUCUAAAAGAAAACAACAACAAUCUUUUAGCUACAUAUGUAAGCUGUAAUAAUUUGUGCAGUAGGCACACUAUUUGGGGACAUAAUUUUGCAACAAGAUAUUGUGAACAAUAUUAAUGCGCAAAAUUCAAAUUACCAGUAUGUGCCCUAAGUGUGCAUAAAAAGCUACUUUAUAAAUGAAUAUUUUUUAUGUACCUGUAGCUUUAAUUUUGUUAAUGUUAUUUUGUAAAUUGAUAUCGUCAGGGCUGUUUUUAAGGUCAGGAGGCUGAGGAUUUCCCCUGGCUACUAAAAAACCCAUGCGUUAAUUUGUAGGCAUAUUCCCUGCUGUUGUAGUCCAUGUUACGGGUCAAAUUUGAUCUCAGUUUAAUUUUGAUGUAACCUAGGUUGCUUCUCAAUUUCCUUUUGUCUUCUAGCCCUAGUAGACAAAGGAAAUCAAGAAUUGACCUACUGUAGGUUAGAAAUUUUUAACCUGAGAACAAAUUUGACCUGAAACAUCUACAUGCAUCUCUCAUGGAGGAAGGUACUGUUACAAAUCCCCAGAAGUUGGCGCCAUGCGCUGUUGUGUUGACCCUACCAACUUGGUGAACCUAAGUAAACAGACAAAUAAAAAAAAAAAUUCACACCUGGCCAUUCUGAUAGGAAAACAGAAGCUGUGUUAUUGCCUGCUUACUUGAUGUAUUUACCCGGCAACUCUCAAUCUCAGCGAUGGUCCUGAUCAUGUUUACUUACAGUACAGCUGUACAUUUGAAAUAAAUAUGUCUCAUUCUUCAGGAGGAGUACUCUCAAAAAAGAAGCAAAUCCCAGUCUGUAGCAAUUUUAUUGGAGACAGAAGAUGAAGUGCGGGUGCAAGAAAUGGCGACAAAGGUAUUAAGUUUAACUAUAUAGUUAUCUACUGAGAUGUUAUUAUAAUGGUUCUGUGUACCGGUAUAAUACAAAUUCCUUGAAUGUUGCCUGUGUUCAGGCUACCAUGAAUGCUUUUAGCGGCAAAAGUGUACAGUUGUUUUAAAAAUUGAGGAAACUCCAGAUCUUAAAAUAUGAUACUGCCCUUGCCAUGCAAAUGGCUAGACCUUCAUGUGGCUUAGAUGAACAUAAGUUUGGAAAUUAUGGAGGCCCCAUCUCCAGUACGUUAUCAGUACUUAAGUGCUAAAUCCAUUGACACUGUAAUAAAGAAGGGUUUAUAGUUUGUGUAAGUGAAAACACUAUAUAGCAUCAUGUUACUUUUAAUAUAAUAAUUAUUAUGAAUCACUAACUCUGUAACCAGUGGUUUCUUAAACAUGUAAUAAAAUAUACGACAUGUCUUUGAUUUGAUUAGUAUUGUUGUUGUGAAUCACUUAGAAUACUCUGUAACCAGUGGUCUCUAAUACAUACAUGUAUAUAUAAUUUUUUACUUUCUUUGAUUUCACUUUUUUUUCAAUCAUACAUAUUCACCUUUUUAAUUUGGGGAAAUAGAAAGUGAACCAUGAUUUCAGUGAUGAUUUUAAAUAACUUCACUAACUAAAAAGUCCACUUUUUCCUCAGGAAUAGGACAGAAGAAAAUUUACAUCAGUUCAUUUUUUGCUCCCUUUUCUCAUGCUUUUACAGAGUUUUUAUCUCCCCAGACACACGAAAGCUUAAAUUACCACCAGGGUUCUUAAAAAGGCUUAAAAAUGGGAGGCAACAACCUUCGGGUCCAAGCCCUUACGCACUGAUAGAUAUGGUAACCUUUCCAUGACCUUUUCUUUGAAAAUGGUACCCUUUUAAUGCUCUAUGGUUCAUAAUAACAGCCUUGUCUGUUAUUUUCCAUUACAAAUCCUAGAUACCACCAGUAAUUGAAAUGCCUGAUGUUUGCAGUGACCCUAUUAUACAGACAUGAGUAAAGGAAGGCCAAAUUUGGAUAGCACUUUAUUUUGGUUGUUAAUUUAAUUAUCUGUUCUUCACAGUCUCUUUUUUAAAUACAGUGUACUUAUUUUUAGACGCCUACUCUCAACACCCCACUAACUAGUAAAAGUUGGUAGACGAAUGAUACAUGUUGUGUCUUAUCUUUGAAUUACACUGUCAUUAGCUUAAAGACAAACUUAACAGCUGUAUUGUAGCAGCAAGUGUAUUUGGUAUCGUCAGUUGUGGUAAUAGCCCCAUUGCCCUCUGUGAAUGGACUCUGUAGCUGACAUGCUGGCAUGUUUCUCCAAGAAAUCCAGUAUGUUGAGCUGUAAGUACAUGCAUGCAGAGUUGGUCUGUGUUUCAUGAUCUAAAUUUUAACUCAAAUCUUCUUGAUCAGCAGGCAUAACUUCUUGCCAAAGCUAGACUCCACAGCCAAAUAAAAGAACUAAGCCAGCAUUGAUAGAUUUGUGACAAUACAUUAUCAAUCAAAGUCAGGAAUAUCUUCGAAUGAAUAUCCUCUGUAACCCUUCCAGGCAUAAUAUGCUAUUCUGACAUGAUAAAAUCCUGGGAUGAACAUUAGAGAACCAAGGAUCAACAUUGGGUAUGUGCGAUCAGCAUACUGUAAAUACGAGAAAAUACCAGUAAAACAAAGUUACUAUAAAGGCUUGUGAAUUUUAAAAGUUCUUUUUGAGAGAAAUUGGGAGUAAAUGAAGUACCAAUAAAUGUAUUGCAAAAUGUACAAGACAGUCAGAUGAAAAACUCAGUAACAGUAACUUUUGCAAAGGCAAAGAAAAAUUAGCCUGAUUCACUUUUAAACCACAAACACAACCUACAUGCCUAAAUAGCCACUCUAAAAAUGGUGGCAAGUUUAAGAUUUUUCAUCCAUAUUCAAAUCAGGUUUCACAAACCUCACUCCAGAUAUUGUCUGAAUAAUUUUUGUUCUUAAGAAAUUAUGAGGUCAGCGAAGGUGAUUAUAAUCAAUAAAUAUUACAAUGAACAAGUUCUGCCAAAGAAGAUUCUUUCAAAUAGUAACACCAUGGGAUUUCGUCUACAAAUUUACUAGUUAGAGUGACAAGCUCUAAACUUAUAAAAUCCAAGGUGUUUAGCAUACAAGUUGCAUGCAAAAUCAAAGAUUUCGUUGUUGCCCCUAGGCAAAGUUGGCUGCAAGGGCCACUGAGUACUGUUUGAGCCCAGCCUGGUAUUAAGAGAAGCAGAUCCAGGAAUUUUUUAUAAUUGAAGGGGUCCAAGCAUGUCCUCACUCUUCAGACUUUUUUACAGCCUAUUACAAGCCAGUAUACAUGCAACCCUUUGACUUAAGUACAGUCAUUUAAAUUCAAUAAACAUUUCCAGUCUGAAGGGUGUAUUUAUGGGAUCCAGACCCCCUGGACCCUCCCCCUGGAUCUGCCUGUGGUAUUUACAGUGUACCUACCUUGACGUCAAUAUAGCCUGUAAACAGUAAAGACCCAACCACAAGUAAAACAGUUCCCACAGAGAAUAAAAAUAUUGCCAACAGUACAGCCUUCCAUGGUACCUUGGGAGGUGGUUUGACAAACUGAAAGAAAGGAGUUAUAUUAAACUUUGGAAUAAAAAAUUACUGGUGCUUUAAAAGUAUUUUAUAUUAUUUUCUUAACAUAAUAUCAAAGGGAAGAAUGACAUAUUCCAUAGUUUAUCUGUGUUUGCUUGUGGAAGAAGCUGAGAGUCCACAUUGCUUUUGCAGACCAGGGUUCAUGAGUUUGAGUUCAUUGAGAUACAUUGUCAGAGUUGCCUUUUCUUCUUACCCCUGAAGAUAUAAUAAAAUUGUAUUUACCCCUGAAGACUUCCAUAAAACAUGGGUCUACCCACUGAAGAAUACGGGUCUACCCACUGAAGAAUAUGGGUCUACCCCUCAAGAAUAUGGGUCUAUUGCUGAAAAAUAUGGGUCUACCCCUCAAGAAUAUGGGUCUACCCAUGAAAAAUUUCACGAAAAUUAAAGAUCUACCCCUGAUCUACCCCCUACCAUAGAUUUUUUACUCUACACCUGAAGAAAUCCUCAAUUUUCAUAAUAUACUCCUGAAGAAUUUCAUUGGUCGUCAAACAAGGGGUACGGAUGUUAAAUGCCAUAUAGACCAUACUGUAUGUUGUAGGAAAAAUUUAUUCUUAGGUUCAACCAGUAGUGAACCUACAGCUGUAGCAAUUUCCUUUGUUUCCUAGACAUGAGUAUUCAUAGGAGACAUAGGAAAUUCUGGUUUAAUCUGAAGAGGGAAUUAACUACAACUGAUCCUCUUCUGAUAACACCCGGGGUUCAAACGAGUGAAAACGUACUAACCUGAGCAUCAAUGUAACCAUCAUCGUUAGAAAUCUUCUUGUACUUGACUUUACUUCUUAUCAUUGUUGUAGGCAUUUUAAAAAUUGAACGCUGUGAUCGUUUUUGAUUUUAAUUUACAAAAGAGAAAUUCGUUCAAUUGUCAUUGAGUGAACCAUGAUUAAUGUAACCUCGCCUGCACAGUUGACCUAACCCUAUACAAAAAGAAGAGCCUGGGUAUGAGAGAAUUGAGAUGGAGAGAGAACUGUAGAAACAAACUGUUUCCGAGAAAUUUUCCGACUAAGAGGUGUUUAUAAGUUGUACUAUUGCCUUAAAUAAAUUUUUACAAAUGUAAAUUGCCAAGUUGUAAGAUGAGCAUAAGUUUGGAAAUUAUGGAGGCCCCAUCUCCAGUACGUUACCAGUACUUAAGUGCUAAAUCCAUUGUCUUUCCACGCGAAUACGUGGUCAAUUUGUCUGUUGUUACCAGUUGCCAUGGUUUUUUAUAAACUGAUAAGUUACGUGAUCUCCAUAUUUGGUGGCGGUGGAGCCCGCGGUAGAAGAUGUUGUGAUUCAGGAAAUUGAGAAUGUCGUCUUGCGCCACAAAGUUUCAGAUUUUUCUUGGUAAUAAUUUAUUUCAGAAGCUUUGAUCACUUGUCGAUUGAUCUAAAAAUUUGGAGCAAUGGACGGAGAAUGUCUGUCUGUCACAGUCGUGGAAAAAGUCACGAAAAUUGAUACACUUGGAGGCUAUGUAUUCUUGGUCUUUCUUUUUUGUCUUAUCGUGGGAUUUAUUCUUGGGCUACUUUUGGCACGCUGCAUUCUGCGGGAAUUGGAGGUACUUUGUUUCUUAGAAUUAGAGUGUAAGAAAUACAUUAUGAAUUAUGUAAACGUGCUUCACAUACAUUUGUACAUAUAUAAACAGCUGAGCUAGUGAUUAAGAUAAGCAUAUGCAUGUGGAGUGUUUCAAGAAGCGUUCGAAUAUUUCCCAUGAAUUUUCCUGUGGAUUUGGGUAAUGGAGAAAAACUCAAGUAAAAAAAAAACAAAGCCAUAAUAGUAGACUCAAAGUGAUGAAGAACAACGUCCUUCUAGGCUUGCUGUAUUAGUCUCAGCUGGGACUAAUGGUGCUCAGUGACUCUUUUGCCCUUCCAAAGAGGUAUGCCACGUUAAUAGACACCCCUGAGUGAUUUUAUUUUGUCUCCACGACGGUGUCAGAAAUAUUUAAAUUUUGGUACGAGUUUUUUGUCCAGACAUAACUGUCGAGUGCCUGCAGCAAGUAGCCCAUGAUGGCUGGCUGGUGUCUAUGUGACAGCUUAAAAUUAAAUUUUAUGUUAAAAAUUUUAACUUUGGUUGAUUUUCAAUUUCCUGUCUCCUAGGUGAAAACAUUUUAACCUGAAUUUGAUUUUGACCUGAAACAUCCAUGUUACAAAAAAGGGUGUUUAUGUUACGGGUGAAAUUUUAUUUCAGGUUCAAUUUUUAACAUCGGUUUAUUGUCAAUUUCCUCUCUCUCCUAGGGCUAGGAGACAAAGGAAAUUGAGAAUCAACUUAGGUUAAAUUGCCAAAAUUAACCUGAAAUCAAAUUUAACCUUUAACGUCUUCAAGGCACCUCUUAAAGUUGCUAAGGCUGGCACAAACAACUUUGAAUCAUUUUUCUAGACGAAAACAACAACAAUCUUUAAGCUACAAAUAUGUAAGCUGUACUAAUUUGUACGGUAGCUGCACCAUUUUGGGACAUAAUUUUAACAACAAGAUAUUGUGAGCAAUAUUAAUGCGCAAAAUUUAAAUUACCAGUAUGUGCCCUAAGUGUGCAUAAAAAACUACUUUAUAAAGGAAUAUUUUUUAUAUAUACCUGUAGCUCUUGUUAAUGUUAUUUUGUAAAUUGAUAUCAUCAGGGCUGUCAUUAAGGUAAAUAAAUAAAUAAUAAAUAAAUAAAUAAAAUUCACACCGGGCUAUUCUGAUAGGAAAACAGAAGCUGUGUUGUUGCCCGCUUACUUGAUGUAUUUACCCAGCAACUCUCAAUCUUAGUGAUGGUCCUGAUCAUGUUUACUUACAGUACAGCUGUAUAUAUUUUGAAAUAAAUAUGUCUCAUUCUUUAGGAGGAGUACUCUCAAAAGAGAAGCAAAUCACAGUCUGUAGCAAUUUUAUUAGAGACAGAAAAUGAAGUGCAGGUGCAAGAAAUGUCAACAAAGGUAUUAAGUUUAACUAUAUAGUUAUUUACUGAGAUGUUAUUAUAAUGGUUCUGUGUACCGGUAUAAUACAAAUUCCUUGAAUGUUGUCUGUGUUCAGGCUACCAUGAACGCUUUUAGCAGCAAAAGUGUACAGUUGUUUUAAAAAUUGAGGAAACUCCAGAUCUUAAAAUAUGAUACUGCCCUUGCCAUGUGCAAAUGGCUAGACCUUCAUGUGGCUUAGAUGAGCAUAAGUUUGGAAAUUAUGGAGGCCCCAUCUCCAGUAUGUUACCGGUACUUAAGUGCUAAAUCCAUUGACACUGUAAUAAAGAAGGGUUUAUAGUGUGUGUAAGUGAAAACACUAUAUAGCAUCAUGUUACUUUUAAUAUAAUAAUUAUUAUGAAUCACUAACUCUGUAACCAGUGGUUUCUUAAACAUGUAAUAAAAUAUACGACGUGUCUUUGAUUUGAUUAGUAUUGUUGUUGUGAAUCACUUAGAAUACUCUGUAACCAGUGGUCUCUAAUACAUACAUGUAUAUAUAAUUUUUUACUUUCUUUGAUUUCACUUUUUUUUCAAAAAUAUACGACAUGUCUUUGAUUUGAUUAGUAUUGUUGUUGUGAAUCACUUAGAAUACUCUGUAACCAGUGGUCUCUAAUACAUACAUGUAUAUAUAAUUUUUUACUUUCUUUGAUUUCACUUUUUUUUCAAAUCAGAAAAUGGGCAGUAACAGAAUUGCCCCCAUGCCGGCAACACCAGCAAAGAACACAGCUGAUAUUGCUAUAGAAAUGCAGCCCACUCAUCUCAGUACUGGCAGUCUACACAGUCAAGCGGCACAAACUGAACCAGAUAAUAAUGACCAGUCCAUGGUUUAUGCAUUAAGCAAGUCUUCAGGGUAUGCUUGGAUUAAAAUAAUAGUUAUAUUCUUUACAAAACAAUAAAAUUAACAGACAAAAAUUUUACUCUGCAUUCUCAGUCUACCUUUUUAGAACCCUUUCCUUGGCUUUUCUACAGUGUAACAGCUGGAACGAUUAUAAGUAGAACAACAGACCAAGAUUGUGUUCAAAUUUUAAUUCUUAAAUCCUAUUUAAAACAGAUUUUCAGUUUCUUUGCUAAAAAUUUAUUCAAAAUAAUGUAUAUUCAGAAUGUUCUAAUUAGGAGAAGUAUUUAGGAUAAUCUUAGGUUCUGUGCAUUUCUUUGGACACUCUGAGUCCCAAAAAUUGCACAUCACCUGGCAUUAGCGGUUUGCUUGUGAAUUAAAAUAUGAAGCACACUAUUAUAGAAAGUAUCCUUUUUUUCUGGAAGAAGAUUAUCUGAGUUAAAAAAUCUAAUCUGACCUCAGACUCUCCUUGUAAGUGACUGUUACAUUAACAUGUACUAAACAGGCCUUUUAAAUAUUUUCAUGGGCAGUUUAAUAUUUGCCUUGGGCGAUUUCAUUACAACCCCACACUGUGCCUUCUGCUGGAUUAAUUUUUGUCAAAUCUUCUUUGUUUCUUUAAAUGAUUGUAUGUUUCUUGAUAACUUACACUGUAAUUAGUUCAAAACCAGUUCAAAAUUGUUAACUCAGAGGUUUUAUUAUUUUAUACCAGCUUAAUUUUUCAAAUACGUCACUUUUUGUAUUUUAUUUAAAUCUUUAAUAGAUUUUUAACCAUUUUUUCAGAGAAGAGAUGGAAGUUGUACUGCAAAAUCAAGAUUUCAGGUCCAUUGAAAUUAUGGAAAACAACUUGCAGCUUCAAAAAAAUGAAGUGAGUUUAAUUUUCAAUGUGAUCGGAGACAUUCUGCCUGUCUUCCCUUGGAAGGUAACGUGAAAUUUCAAAAUGCAGGUUUCAAGAUCUUUCAAUUCAAAAAACUCCCAUGAGUAGUGUAGAUAUGUUUUGGACAUUAACAGAUUGUCUAACAUGUUCUAGAUUUUACAGCAGAAGAAGAAGUCAUGUACUUUUGGCUGUGGCUCUAGGGAUAGGAGGGGUGCAGACCCUUUGAUCUGUUUUUAGACUAAACUGGGAUCCAUAGAGUUUCUCAAAUGUCUCCUACUUCAGCUUGCUUUGAUUUCUACUUUGAUAUGUUAUUGAAACUGCCAUGAAGCUCUCAUCAUCAGCUUUUACGUGGCCAGGAAAUAGAAGUUGCUACAUAAACAUGUAUUUUUAGGGGAUUUCAAGAGGAUGUUAUUUUACAUUUGUAUUAUUUAUCACUCUGUAACAUGUUUUGUUAAUAAUAUUUUUUAUCCUAUAUUUAUUUAUUACUAGACAUUUUUGCAGUUGUUAAAGAUGAUACUGAGCUUCUUAGUGAGCAAAUCCAGGAUAACUGAAGGCUUUCGCAGAGAUUCCCUCGCAAAAUAUGAGCAGGUAAGAUUGUAAUAAUGAUGAUGAUGAUCGUGGUGGUGGUGCUGUGAUGACGAUGAUGAAUGCUUCUUUUUUUUAAAAAGUUAAUUUACUGUUAAGUCAAGUCUUAAGAGUUGAAAAUUACAUUAAUCAUAUUGUGAAUGCAUUAAAUUUAGGCAAUGGAGGACGUUGACAGAAAUGCAAAAGAGGAAAUGAAAGCUGAAGAACAGGUAUGAGAAAUUUAAGAAAUAAAACAGUUUUGUUGUUUGUUUUUAUGAUCUAAUAUUGAUAUUAAAAGCCUUUUGAUAUUUGGCUUGCAAAAAAUGAUAUGGUUAUAGUUUAUGCAGUUUAAAGAAACUUAGUAAAAAAAAGUAAAUGCCUGGAAAUGGCCAUUAAUAUACUUUCAUCUUCAGGAACUAAGAAGCACUAUUACAGAUCCACUUGAAGUAGAUCAAGCAAUAGAAAGCCUUCAUUCAAAGUACUCUAAGAAAAUGGUAAGUUAAUUUCUGAACAACAGGGUUCAGUUGAUCAAAGGCAGAUUAUGAUUUUCCCGGGGUGAAAUGUCAGUCUAGGUUCCUGUUUCCUUGUUUUAAAGCAUUGAAGAAUUUAUGGAAUUUGCUUUGUGAACAUUUCGAUCUACAGUCAACUUUCUCUUAAUAAUGGACACAUCUCUAGGACAGACACCUCACUAAAAAGAACACCUUGAGAUAGAGAGAAAUGUUGAUUGAACUAAACAACUAGUAUGAUCAGACUCGCGGUUGAUUGUUAUACGCUUUUUUGUAUCCCAUUCCUAUUUUAAUACACCCUUUUUUCACGUUUUUUAAAUCUGAAGAGUUCUGAGAGGUUAGAACUUCAGGAUAAAUUGAAAACAGAUCUCUUGCAAGGCACAGAACUGUCAGAAGAAGAGGUGGGUUGACAAUUGUUUGUGUUGUAACAAAACAUCUAUCUCACACUAAUGCAUAUAAAAUACAUAUUUUUUGGCCUAGCUAUACAAGGCUUGUAUUUUAUGCUGUUUGUGUUAAGGCAUUGGGCAUUUUUCCUUGAUUAUUAGAAAUAACUAACGAUGGACAAAUUGAAUACUAGUUACAUGUUUUACUGUGAUACUCGAUCAUGCCCCUACAAUACUUGAUACAUUGUGGUCAGUCAGUCUUGCUUAAUUUUUUUGAUUCACAGAGCUGGACAAAAGGCCUGCUUCAGUCUAUAAUAAUAUUACAUUACUUUGUUCUCUGUAAGUUAUCAGGUUUUAUGGAAGAUACAUGUAUUAGGGUGCAGUUAAUAAACCAUUAUUUGCAUUUUCUUUGCUAUGUUUCUUAUAUCUGUCUUCUAGUAGCCUGCAUAGCUUGUGGUUUUGUUUGGGAGGAUUUGUGCACUCACCAGAAAAAACCAACAGCUAUGCAGGCGGGGGGAUCAGUCAUCGUGUUUGUACCUUCCUGCCGGGGAGGGAGAGGAGGGCGUGGGGGGUGGAAAGGUAGAGGGAACUCCCCCUAUAUCCAUUUGCAUUUUUAUGACCCUCCAUUUUCCCCUGUUUUGCGGGCUAUCCUUCUUUCAAUGACCCCUAUACAAUUAAAUAUGCAGAUAUAAGCAUUUUUUGCUCUCUGUCCUCUGAAGCUGAGAUUACCCUGUUUUUACAGGCAGAGCAGAUUGUUGCUAAACUUAUGAUUAACAUGGCGGCUGCUGACAAGCGUUUGGCGGAAGAACAGAAUCGUCAGGCUAUGGUAAUAACUUUAAAAUAAAUACAAUUUAGGAGUGUCAUAAUCUCAUUACCACAAUAUAACAAAAAAAAAAAUGGAACAGAAGUGGUCAAGCAGAAUUACUUUUUGUGCGUGAUGGUUAACCAAAACCUACGCAUGUGUGAUAUUUCGCUGCAUACAAAACCCUUGUCUCCUUUUACCUUAGAAAUAUUAUAAAGAUAAUAAAGACCAUAAAAUACCCCGUUUCUGCUUGUAAAUUACACCCGUACCCAUAACACGGUUAAGGUGAUGUUACACGGGAUGAUUCGCAACGACAAGUUUUAGCGCAGCACAUCGUUGCAAUGUAGGAACAAUGUUGAAACUGGUCCAAACAAUGAAGCAACAAUGUUGCAAUGCUGUGUUGUGUUAAAAAUCGUUGUUGCGAAUCGUCUCAAUNACUUAUGAUUAACAUGGCGGCUGCUGACAAGCGUUUGGCGGAAGAACAGAAUCGUCAGGCUAUGGUAAUAACUUUAAAAUAAAUACAAUUUAGGAGUGUCAUAAUCUCAUUACCACAAUAUAACAAAAAAAAAAAUGGAACAGAAGUGGUCAAGCAGAAUUACUUUUUGUGCGUGAUGGUUAACCAAAACCUACGCAUGUGUGAUAUUUCGCUGCAUACAAAACCCUUGUCUCCUUUUACCUUAGAAAUAUUAUAAAGAUAAUAAAGACCAUAAAAUACCCCGUUUCUGCUUGUAAAUUACACCCGUACCCAUAACACGGUUAAGGUGAUGUUACACGGGAUGAUUCGCAACGACAAGUUUUAGCGCAGCACAUCGUUGCAAUGUAGGAACAAUGUUGAAACUGGUCCAAACAAUGAAGCAACAAUGUUGCAAUGCUGUGUUGUGUUAAAAAUCGUUGUUGCGAAUCGUCUCAAUCACCUUUAAAUACGUAGCCUGUUCCAGGCGUUCAGGUAGUAGAACAUGGGCUAACUGGUUUUUCUCCUCGCUUUCUACCAUCUGAACUCUACGCUCUACCACUACAGGGUACGGAAAACGGAGCACUGAUGAUGAGAGGGUGAGGUGGGGGGGGGGAGGGGUGGGGGGUGAAAAUAAAUUAUAAAGAAGUAUUUACCUCAGGUUUGUCGGUCUAACGAGUACUGUUACUAGUUACCGACGUAAAAUAAGGGCCUUUACCAGUAGUUCAGUAAUGUGCAUGUGCAAGGGGUUGAAUCAGGCACUACGCAGGAGAAACUCCAAAUUACACCCGUGUGUGAGGGUGGGACUUGUAAUUACAGCCUAUGUUUAAUUGGAUUUUGGUGUGUUUUAUUAGGUGCUGCAUGAAAAACUUGCACGAAGACAAGCACUUGCCCAGCAAAGGGCAGCUGACAACCAACAGGUUAGCCGAGUAGUUACCAAUCAUCUACGCUAAAGCAAUCAAGAUGCAAUUAAUCGAUUAAUCUGAGGACCAGUCGACAGAAUAAGGGAGCGAAAGCAAAGAUGACGGCGACGGCAACGAGAGCAUAAAAAAAAGGUUUAGAUUAGCAAAACAACAGCUCUGCACGUGAAUCACCUUUUCUUGUGUAUUUCAUUGCUGUCUCUGCACGACUACGAUGUGAAAGUGCCUAAUUUCACGAUCUUGUGGAAGACGUGAACAAAAGACGACUUUCUUUUUCUUUCCUAAACUUCAAUGCAGUCGUUUAGACAACUCCAGAAAAAUUUGCCAACUUUGAGCGAGUUGGAAUAAGCGCGUUAAAGUUUGAGAUAGAAAAAGCUGAGAUAGAAAAGUCCUAUCUCAGCGAUCGUUGUCGCUGCGAUCGCUACGAUUGCUGGAAAGUGGUUUCCACACGAUCGCUAAAUUUUUUUUUCUCAGCGAUCGCAGCGAUCAUAUGGAAACCAGGCUUAAGGUCCCGUAUAAGGCAUUUUUAUUAAGUUAAAUACGCGCGGUCAUGAACUUGGAAUAACUUGAAACCCUAUGUGUAUAGGGUAAAAUCACCUGUGUGUCUUUCAAAACUUACGUUUAAACACAAACGAACUUUCUUAAGGUUUCAUUGCUAAAUCGCUUUAAUCGAUUAUUCGAAAUUUGGCUUUGUUCCCCAUAAUAUGUAACCCUUCAAGAAGAAGUUCCUACCUUUGCCAAAGAACGUCACAUCAGAUGAGUUUUAAAGGGAAAUUGCAUCUUAAUUCACCGACUGAAUAGUGCUUGAAAUUUCUUAUUGUGUAGGAGAAAGAUGAAUUCGAGGAACGAUCCAAGCAGCCUCUAAAAAAUUUAGAGGUUCUGCACAAAAAGGGAAAGCUCUUGGAAGACCAGAAGGACAGGUAAGAUUUUAAACUAGUGCAAAUAAUAAUACUGAACAGGUUAGUUAGAAGCUGUACAUAUUGCAUUUUUUUUCCUUACCUAUAUUUUGCGUUCACCGUGUUCUGCUUCUGUUUGAAUCAAAGGAUUAUGGAGGAAUACGAACAAGAUUUGCGUAUUUUGGAGGAAAAAAAUCAGAAAGGUAUGUUACCAUAACCUACUAUAGCACAGGGGAAACUGUUUUAAGCUCAAUGAGGCAAAAACAAAUCUGCUUUUAAAAUUCAGGUCAUCAAGAUUUGUAGAUCGGUUCAUAUAGGAAUGAUUGUUUUCGGUUAUGUCACGCUAUCAAUCCAUGAUACUGAUAAUUUCACAUUUUCUUAUCCUUUUAGAGAUAUUAAUUAUAUUACCUAAUGACUUCGUAUGAGCUAGAAAAGCUAAAGGAUGUGACCCAGUUGUAACCAACUUGAGAUAGAAAAGGAGAGUUUCGCGCGAUGAUCAGCAUUGUGGUCAGAUGAUAUACUUUAAAUUCAUAUCAUCAGUUUUUUUAGCUAUAAAAUUCUCUUCUAGCUAUUCUAAAAAGUCAGCGAGAUCUCACUGAGAAGCUAAAGAGAAAGCGGCAGCAACGAAUGAGAAAACUAGAAAUGGAACAGGCAGCCGAAAGAGAAGAAUUCGAAAGAAAGGUCAGUAAAAUCACAGUAUUGUCUCAAACCGUUCCCCAUGUUCCAUGUGAUGUUUUUCUCCUCAAUUCGACGAUCAAUCUCGAUAAAAUCGAACGGAAAAAUAGGGGACUAUGAAUUGCUGAAGUAAUCAACAAAUGUCCUUUGAUAGAAUUUAUUUGAACAAACUUGGUGGAGAAAGAGGAAGUUAAGCGAAGCAUAAUAGUAAGAAGACUGUGUCUGAUUAGCUUUUCGUAAAGCGCAAAGCAUUUUCUACCGCCAUCGUGGGGGUAGUUUGGAUCUUGAGUCGGUCAAAGCGGCAGAGUAGAGGGCUUUGUCUUAAGCUAAAAAAGUGAGAUUCAUACAAUACUUUUAUCAAAUUCCAACGUAUGUGAAAAACAAAAGCGUUAAGAAACAACAGACUGCAGCACAAUACAAGCUUCGGGGUAUGGCCAGCACUUACGCAUGCGCCCCACCACAUCACUAGGGCAGUGAGAUCCAUGGUCAGCUUUCUCGCCCUUUUUACGGCUUACCCGUCAGAUCCCUGUACGGAAUAACACGCGUUCAGAAGCUCUUCAUUACCGAGGCCAGUGCAAAGCAGACUUUAUUUAGAGCCAUCUCCACCCAGCACUGGAAACCUCUUAACAGUUCUCGACGUGCGUAUGGAGCCGGGAUCAGCGUUGCAAAUGCAAACGCAAAUGCUGAUGUCAUCCUCAGCUACAACACCGAGUGUACAGUUGAAUACGUUUUUGCUCUUUUUUUUUUCUAAGGCUGGCCAGUUGGUCAAUGAAGGUAACAUGACAGUCGAGGACUUCCUAGAGUCUAACCAUCAACUAAGAGUUCAACAACAAACUACGAGAGAGGAAGAGGAAGACCGAACUGAUGACAUGGAAGCGGAGGAGCUUAACAACCUUAGACAGGUAUUAUAUUGAAAGAUGUUUUUCAGUCCGUGACACAGGCGGCUCAAGAAUAGUGCUCCCAACAGGAAUCGAACCUCUGUCCAUCUGGUUACUAGUUCAGACAGUCCACCACUAAGCUACAGUUACUAAGCUUUCUCUAACUUAUUACAAACAAGUGACAUGAAAGUGCUACUGGUAGACAACUUUUGGAGGAAAAUUUAAAAUCCUCUUAGGAAUUUUUCCUUCAGAUUAUUUCCCGAUUUUCGCUGUUUAUGUUUAAAGUUCAAUAUGGUAACAAUAUUACUAGCAAUCUGUUCAGUUGAUGGCAGUCACAAUUCAUUUAACAAGUUUUUUCUCGUUGUUUUUGUCGAUUUAGAAACUGGAAGAGACUAAGCAGAAAAAAUUGCAAGAAAGGGAAGAAGCUUUGUUUGAACAGAUCAGAAAAGAGGCGCAUUUAUCAUCCAAAGAAGCGGAGAAGUUGAUGAACAAGCAUUUAGAAGAUCUUAAAGAGUCCAAUGGUUUGUUGAGUUCUUCAGUAUAGUUAUUUUUUUACCUACCGUUGCGCUAAUAGUUGUUUUUCUCACAUGUACAUAUAUGCUUUUCUAUACACGUGUUUCUCGCACGCACGUUCCUCGCGUGCACACCAACUCCAGUACGCUCCUCACAUCUUGUCUUCACCAUGCAUUUCUUGAUCACGUGUACAUGUGUCUGUUGUUUGCUUCCUGUACCCUUUUUCCUGGUCAAUUGCUGUUAUUUUUAACGCUUUUUUUUUGCUUGGUUACAUUCACACGGUAGCGGACGAAUUCAGUUCUGCACUGAGUAUUUUACCCUGCAUUCAAAAUGCACCAGAUUGCAUCUCAACGCAUAUUCAUUUAAAAAAAUUUCCGGGGGCGCAUGCCCCCGGACCCCCCUAGGAAGCUUUUCACCUUCGGUCACUCGGGACUAGAUAGAACCCUGAUUUUCCAAUGCGCUUUUCGUCUUUCCUGGUGGUCGACAACAAAACAGCGUCUAACAAGGUAUGUUUAUGACCUUUUAAGACAGGAAAAACCGUGAGCGAGAGCGUCAGAGAGCCACAAUUCAAGAAAGAUUAGCAGAAAGAAAGCGGACUACCCUUUCUCUUUACCUCGUUGUUGUUCGUCUUGUUUCAGUCUAUCACCGUCUUGUUCUCUUUCGUUAUUUUGUUCACGAGUUGUGAGUUCGCCCUGACCGACUUCUCAUGCACAGGUGGUUUAAUAGAUAUAACAUGACUAUCAGUGAAAGAAAAGCUGUUAGUUGAAUAAAUUGAAAAAGAAUAAAUAAAAAAAAGUUUAUAUCGACGACUAGGCUGCAAAGAAAUUGUACUCAGAUUUGUUAACUGGGGCGUUGGUCGUUUUUAGUUGACCUUGAGACUGGGUCGUUGGUGAGUUGAACUGCACUGUGGGAUUGUUUUGGGGGACGAUUUGUGACCAGUUUCCCCUGAAAUUUGUCCUCGUCCCCAGGGCGACUCCCUCAAAAAUGGGAGGGAGUCCCUGGGGAUUAGGGUGAGUAAUAUCCAAUAAAAGAAGAGACAGCCUCCUUUUAACAGUCCCAUAGUGCAAUGCGACACAACAGCGAACCAGUCUCACACUUAGCCUCAAAUGGCUGGUAUCUCUUUGCAUCAGUUGUCGGUUUGAAAAAGAAAUUUAGCUCUUUAUUGAAGUAAUUUUUCUAUUUGUUAUUUAACUGACUGAUAGCUAGAUUAAGACAUUUACGCUUUUUGCAGGUUAAGGAAGCAGGUCAUGUUAGAACACGAACAGAACAUGGCAGCGUUGAAUAAUCAUCUUCAAAUGACGAGACUCAGGCAACAAAAAAGGUUCGUUUAGUUCAAUCUGAGUCGCGAGGAGGAGGGGGGAAUUAUCUCUUUCUAUGAGCCUGUGGGUGGGGAUAUACCGGCCUAGGAGGAAAAAACUGAUAAAUUUCCCCGUGGGUUUACUCGGAAAAGCAUUGUAACAGGCAGAAUUGAACCUUACAUUUAGGACUUGUUGUGAAUGUGGUUACAUCAGCCUUUUUUUGUAAAUCAACAACUAAUAUCAGUUUAAAGCAAAUUGUCGCACUAUAAUUUUUUUAAUGUCAAUUACCUGAGUGUUUUGGUGGAAACCGGUGUAAAUCCCCACCCGUCAAUCGAGAUGUUCUUUAGUCAAGCUAACAAGCGCUUCAAUUUUUUACCUACAGGCUGGAACAGCGGCUCGCAACCCGAAGAGCACGACUCGCUGAACUCAGGCAACAAAUGGAAGUGGAGCGAGAGAAUCAACCUCAGAACGAUCCAGAGGCCCUGAAAGCACUCGCUAGGGUGCAGGUUAGUUGCUUAUUUCCAAGUUUAUAUUCGUCUUGCGGUGUUUCUUAAAACUCCUUUUUCGAGUUUUCUAGUGACUAUUUGUUGAGCAUUCAUCCUGUCAGACUUAAACGAAAUAUCCACAAGUUCCCCAUGAAGAAGAAACGUUAAAUUAGAUUAUAGGGGUAGAAGCGAAUUAAAACAUGACAGACGCGAGAAAGAAACGAUUUACGAUUUUUGUUUUCUGAUCGACAUAAUAGUAUACUGUUACAGUUAUGUCAUAUGCUAUAAACUAUGUCAUGUCAGAAUAUUCGUGUCACCUUUUCUAGAACAUUGAGUAUCAGGCAGAAGUGAAGAAAAUUGAGGCUGAACAUCAAGCUGCUCUAGAAGACUUCAGAAGGUGAAUAGCAUUCCCUUUUUAUUGCCCAAAAUACCAUUUAUCCUGGCUGGUUGUCAUUUGGAUUUAUUUCAGCUUUGUUAGGUUGCUCAAAUCUUGAUCUAGCGCUGACACCGUAUAUUUAAUUCGCCACACAAGCAUGAUUUUUGAUAAAAACUCGUUUCCCUUCAGGGCAGGAAUGACUCUAAACAGAGGCGAUAUCGAUGGAUUCAAGUGCGCGCGUGUGUUGGGGGUGGCGGGGGGCGGGGGGGCUUCAGCGCCACUGUCGACUCUGACAGCUUUAAUGUACCGAGCCAUGGACAACGCAUCUCAUAUGAAAAUACUUUUCCUUGUCACUAAAAAACCUCGUUGCCUGUUUUUCAGUAGCUAUAAUUUUGUCACAUGAAAUUUAAGCAAAUAUUCUCAUCUACUCGAGCACCGAAAAAUUCUGGCAUAAAAUUUGCUCGCGUGGACGGGGCUCAGUUCCUUUGGUUUUGGGUUUUAUAAAAUUACGUUCACACGCCUUAUGUUUUUUAGACGCUUGGAAGCCGAGACAGAUGAAGCCCUGAAAGAACAGGACGAGAAACUGGGGAAAAUCCUGGGUAAACUACAGGUGAGCUGAGUUAUUUUUCAAUGCAAUUCAUGUAAUGAUCAGCUCCUUUUUGGAGUCAGACACCACUUUCUGUUACUUAUUUUUUACCCCACAUUUUACUUCAAGGUUGCAGUAGCGAGGCGAGAAGAAAUUAUUAAGCGACAAGAUGAAGCUAUUCGCUCCUUAGAGGUAACUCAUUUCGAAUUAAAGGCCUCCAAUGGGUUAUCUUCUUUUCUUCUUAAAAGACAUGUAUAACUGGUAAAUUUGUAUAUUUAUUUAUACCACUAGCUGUUAGCAGCUUUGAAGUUUCCAUUUAUAUUUUAGCAGAAUCGUUGUAGAAAAAAUUAUUUUAUUUCAUUAGGGAUUUAAAGCUUCUCUUCCAACUGUAUAAUAAACCGUUUUUAUAUGAUUUCUUUUCUUUGUAGAAAAAACUCGUUGAAAACAUGACAAGAGAAGGGACGCUGGCUGAUGCGCAAACAGAUCGCAUCAUAAGGCAGCAUCAGAAACAAGUGGACAAGUUAAAUGCGCAGAUAGACGCGUAAGACUCGACUUUUCACCGUUUCUGAUGUUGCUCGCUUAUUAAACACCGACUUCUCAUUAGAGUUCGGACAUGUCAUCUGCAGUUUUUAACUGAGAAGAUCUUGCUGUAGAUCUACGUAUGGCAGCACUGGUUUUAGCCGAUUAACUCUCGGUGUUCAAAACACUAAUAAACCUUUCACGUCCCCGGCUAGCCUGCGAAUGCAGACGUAUUGCUGGUCGCCGAUUCUCCAUCUACGGCUUGUCUUGCAACAAAAAAUUUUUUGCCUCCACUCGGAAUUCCGUUGAAGAAAACAAUCGUUUUUUAAGUAACUAGUUAAAACAGGGACAGUUUGUGACGCUCUUGUGUUGCAUAUAAAGCGGGAAUUUGAAAAGUGGUGAGUGAUGAGAAGGGAUUAGUCUGUGACUACUGCAGACGUAUUUCUGGCCGUGUAUGGUGACAAAUAGAAAUACAUCUGUAUUCGAAGGCUUCUAGAAGAACAUUUGUUUCCAGUCAUUGCACCUUAAAGAAAACCAUUGCAACCGAUUUAUGUUAUUUUGUACCAAGUGAUUUUACUGUUUUGUUUACAGCGAAAAAGAAAAGCAGAUGCAAAAGAUCCGAGAAAAACUAGAAGCAAAACAGUUAAAGAAAGCAAGGUUAGUUUCUUUUGUGAAUAAGAGAUACUUUUUUUUGACCGUCACUCAACCUCGUUCCCAGGGUUCUCUCCCAUGCGGGUAGGAGAGAACCCUGGGAACGAGGUUGACCGUCACUGAGCUCUAUUUUCUAAUAAUGCAAUAUUUCUUAACGUUCUAUUUUAGAGCUUUAGAAGCAAAACUUUAUCAAGAAAAAGAGGAACAAAAGAGCAAAGCGGCUAAGUAAGUUUUAACUCCUUUCCACUUUGUAAUGUUGCUUGUUAGCGGUUGCAUCCUUUCCCGCCUUUUGCAUUGCAAGUGCUAUAGCAAGUUUGUGCGCGAUUGAAGGCGACUUUAUAUGUAGCCUGAGAAAACAGCCGACAUUUGGCGACGCUACCACCGGUUUCUGCGCCAAAUUACGUCUAAGAGACGAGCGCAGAAAUUCCAUACUGAUGACGCGUUACCACCCAGAUCUGGGUAGUGCUUCUGAUUGGUCGUGCCGCCUGGCAAAUUUAUUUCAACCAAUAUUAUACUUGUUCCUCUGUAGGUCAGUUGGUGUAAAACUUUCCCUGCUUUUAGCGGAACAGCGCCACAAGAGAGCAUUAGAGGUAAUAGGGGUUUUAUAUAGGUCUCAGUUUUUUCUCUGAAGGAAAGAACAAUUGUACAUGUUACUUAUUGCUGUGGUUUGUACAAUAACCUCAUGUGAUCGGCUAAACUGAACUUCUGGCGCCAUUACUGGCCAGUUAAUAAACUGAGAAAAACAACAGCAGCGCUGGGCGCGUGCUUCGUGUUUUGCCUCAAGAUGUGAUUGGCUCUUUAGAUUGUCCCCGUUUCUUUUGAAUGGUCAUAAGUGUUCCAGUCAGCGUACAUCCUUGGACCCCCCCCCCCCCCCCCCGAAAAAAAAGAAUCGGUUAAUGGGACGACUACGUCCCACUCGUUCGAAAGAACUAGUCACGCGUUUUGGAUUUUAAGACUGAGUUAAGCAGCCAAAACGGCUCGUGCUUUGGUUUAUCAACGGCAAAAGCUGCUGUAGGAUUUAGCUUUCUUAUUUCUUUGUUUGCAGUGUUACAAAAUGUUCUUGCUUAAAUAUUGCCCUGUUUGCGUGUCGUGGCUCAUUUUAGAUUAUUCAUCGCACAUUGUUCUCGAUGUAUUUGUUUAACAGGAUAUGGAGCGUGAGAUGCAGAUGGAUUUAGCACGUCAGCACCUCGUCAAUUUAUCUCUUUACCUGCUCGUUGACAAUUGUCUGAACGUCCAAGUUAAUCAAAGGACAAGGUUACUACAGUGAGAUCUUACAACGCUCUCUUAGCAGGGGUCGCUGCCCGUUUCUGCUCUCACGGCUGUAUUCACAGGCUAUGAAUGUUGCUUUUCUUGUUGUUUAGAUCUGAUGACCACUUCCAAUAAAUUUACUUUGUGUGUGUUUCAUACAGUAGCCUUCCACUUCUUUGAAACUUUUAACUUCAUUGGACCCUAUAUGUUGACAGCUCGUCUGUUUUUUUUUUGUUCGACUUUCUACUUUGUCGUAUUUUUUAAAUUGUUUUCGCAACCAAACCUCUCAGGCCUUGUUACAGCUCAGCGGUGCCUCUUUUCAUUUUUUUUCUGUUUUCUUUUCUCUCUACUAACACCGCCUCGGAAGCCUAUUGGAGGGCAAUAGAGAAUGAGCUAAGCUAAGGUCAUUCUCUCUUGUGGAGGGAUACUCUUGAUUAGGGAAUGCGAGAUCAGUAGAAGCGGGUAUGUGACUAGAUUUUCAGAAACGUCCUUCGUCUGAAAGCUCGCUCCACUCGCUAAGAGACUCGUGAGGUCGACUUGUAGCAAGUCUGGUAUGUGACGUAAGAUCCACUUCUCAGGCUUCUUUAUUAUUUCACCGAGACUUAGUGGUUCGAGCGUUUGCUGGCCAAAGUCAUCGAGGGACUAAGAUAUCGCCAUUCUUUCGAUGAAAGGUCCAUCUGAAAUCCUGUGAUAAUUAAUUCUUCUUUAUAGGAGGAAGAGAAGAAGUUCAUUGCUACCUUGGCUGAGAACAGUUCAGCUACGGAAGAAGAACUGCUUCAAACAAUCAAGAGUUCGGCAGUAGGUAAGAAUGGACAGGGACUGAAGUAAUAAGGGAGACACUAAGGCCUCACCAGUCAGUUGUCUUUAACUAUUUUAAGUAAUCAUUUGUCAUCUUUUCCUUUCGCAGAGGUGGGAAUGGAUGCCAAGCUCACGAAGAGCAUCGCUAAAGAUGUUCGUAAAAGAGUUAGAACUGCCCGUACUCCAGUUCCAGAAGUAUAA